AACAAAAGAGGUAUAUAUUGAUCUGUAAUUGGUUAUGGAAGGAGGCUUAUAUUUAACAAAAGAGAGUAUGAAAUUGAGUAGAAAAGGGAAGGGAGAAAGAGAAGGUGAACAAUAGUUAGUACUAAACUAGUUAGGAAGGAAGGAAUGAAGUUGGUAGAUGUAUUUGAUGAUAGAAUUGAAUCCAUUGAAGUGCAGUUAGCUUAUCUUAGCAUAACAUAGGGUAGGAGGUAGGGGAAAUGGGAGGGACUCAGAUCCGUUCAGUGUUACUAUUGGUAUUAUUAUCUUUAGCAGGCUAUGUCUAUCUCGCCGAUGGCGUUUUCCGGGAAGAGGCGAAACAACUGCGAGAUGAGGCUCGUGAAAUGUUUUAUCACGCUUUUAAUGGCUACAUGGACAACGCUUUUCCCCUCGACGAAUUGAGACCCCUUUCAUGCGCAGGAGAGGAUACUCUCGGUGGCUACGCCUUAACAUUGAUUGAUUCCUUAGACACUUUGGCAUUACUUGGUGACCGCCAACGCUUCGCCACCUCCGUUGAAUGGCUUGGUAAAAAUCUUCACUUUGAUAUAAAUAAAACUGUUUCUGUGUUUGAGACGACUAUCAGGGUUCUCGGAGGAUUACUUUCGGCCCAUCUUAUUGCCUCUGAUUAUGCUACGGGCAUGAGAGUUCCAUCAUAUGAUAAUCAGUUACUAAACUUAGCUGAAGAUCUUGCCAGGAGAUUGUUACCUGCAUUUGAUACUCCUACAGGAAUUCCAUUUGGAUCUGUAAAUUUGUUACAUGGAGUUGAUAAACAUGAAAGUAAGAUAACUUCAACAGCAGGUGGUGGGACCUUGACUCUUGAAUUUGGUGUUCUAAGUCGUCUAACAAAUGACCCUAUUUUUGAACAAGUCACCAAAAAUGCAGUGCGUGGACUUUGGGCACGGCGUUCAAAGCUUAAUCUGGUUGGUGCUCAUAUUAAUGUUUUUACAGGUGAAUGGACACAAAAGGAUGCUGGGAUAGGAACUAGUAUUGACUCUUUUUAUGAGUAUCUGUUGAAGGCAUAUUUAUUAUUUGGAGACGAAGAGUACUUAUAUAUAUUCCAAGAAGCUUAUGCUGCUGCUAUGCAUUAUCUUUACCAUGACCCUUGGUACGUAGAAGUGAAUAUGGAUUCUGCUGCUAUUGUCUGGCCAUUAUUUAAUAGUCUGCAGGCAUUUUGGCCUGGUCUUCAGGUUUUAGCUGGAGAUAUCAAUCCUGCAAUUCGCACCCAUGCUGCCUUCUUGAGUGUCUGGAGAAGAUACGGUUUUACCCCUGAGGGCUUUAAUCUUGCAAGUCUCAGUGUUCAGCAUGGGCAAAAAAGUUACCCACUGCGGCCAGAGCUAAUUGAGAGCACCUAUUGGCUGUACAAAGCUACCCGGGAUCCUAGAUAUCUUGAUGCUGGGAGGGACAUGAUUGCUAGUUUGCAAUAUGGAACACGAUGCCCUUGUGGAUACUGUCACAUUUCAGAUGUUGAGCAUCACAAACAAGAAGAUCACAUGGAGAGCUUCUUCUUAGCUGAGACAGUCAAGUAUCUAUGGCUGCUGUUUGAUUUGGCUGUGGGUCCUGACAACCUCGUGGAAAAUGGGCCAUACAAGUACGUAUUCAGCACUGAAGGUCAUUUACUGCCUGCUACUCCUCAAAUCUCCCUAGCGAGGGAACAUUGUUUAUACUAUGGGGCUUAUUGUAGAAGUGGUGAUUUGAGACAAACUUACUUUGUGCCAGAGUCUGAGAAAGAUAAGAAAGAAUCCAAUGAUACUAAAUUUUACGAUAGUUGGACUAAAGAUACACAUUCUUCAGAUUACACCACUUUCGAGCCAAGUGCCGUUUCAGGUUCGAUUAAGGGUUUCUGCCCAGGAUUAAAUCAUGGACAGAAGUUUGGUUUAUUAUAUGCACACUUAACUGAUGAACGUCAUGAUUAUGAAACCAACCAAGUUCAACAGAAAGAAUCAACUACCGUGCAAAGCCAUUCAGUAUUGGUUCUUCGUAGCCAGAGUUCUGACCAUUUGGUACCAGAAUAUGGCAGUGACCGUAAUGAUAGUCAGACACAUGAAUCAGACGGUACCCCUUAAAGUGAGGGGGACUUCUGUUGCUGCUAGAAGUUAAGUUGUUGAUCCCAGCAAGAUAGGAAUUACAAUAUCUCAGUUAAGCAAGAGGAUUGGUGACGAAGGAAAUUAUAAUUUCAACUUCACAGGGUUUACUUCUCAAACUUGUGCAGGCUCACCCACCUGAAAUUUAAAUUUGAGUUUUGUUAGUGUCGAAAAUUGAGAUGCAUUUGAUAACUUUGGCAGCUGUUGUUACAUUGAGCAUAGAGCUGAAAGUGGUAAAUUAUGGAUGAACUGACCCGUUAGUUCUCCAUUGUUGUGAUAUUGGAGGCAAAUUACCUUGCCUUUAAUCAUUGGGCACUUGUAAACGAAUGUAAUAUAAUUAUUUUUGUUGUAUAAUUUUUCCUGAGGUACAUGUAAACUUAUUGUCAGAGGUCUAAUCAGUGUACAUGAGAUAGUUAUUAUCGGAUCCCUGAAAUAUUGCAAUUUCAA